UUGUUGGUUUAUUUUGUUUUGUUUUCUGAGACACUGUUUCUCUACAUAGUCCGGGCUGUCCUGGAGCUCACUAUGUAGACCAGGCUUGCCUCUAACUCACAGAAAUCCACCUGCCUCUGCCUUCCAAGUGCUGAGACUAAAAGGCCUGUACCACCACGCCUGGCCUAUACCACAUUUUCUUUUCCAUUCUUCUAUUGCUGAACAGCUACCUAGGCUGGGCUAUAACUUAGCUCUUGGAAUGUGCUACAAUAAACAUUGCUCAAACAUUUGAGUCACUGCUCUGUUCAACAGAUGGUGGACUGCAUGGAUAUCUUCCAGCGGCACUGUCUUCCCGCAGGACUGUUAAGGCCCAAGGGACAGAGGCACGCACCGAGCAGGGCUGGGCUUGUGGGCACCAAGCUUGCAGAGCUAAGGGAAGAAUGCAAGCGGCCCUUCCCGUUCACUUGGCACACCACCUGAAUCUUUGAAUAGCACCAACCUCCAUCCAGUACUGUCAUUCUUCCCUACUGCCUCGGGAACAGCUGUGGGCCUGCAGCGGAGAUAGCUAUUCCUAGAGAACUUUCGGGUGGAGAACCUGAGGUCCUAGCCUGGGGUCGCCAUCCCACCCAGACUCUCUCAGGCUUCUAGAUGGAGCGGUCCUUCUCUCCGCUUUUCGUCUCUUUUCUUCACCCCUGGGCGGAGCGCCAGCCCUGGCUGUGCGACCAGGAAAGCUACCGCCCGAGGCAGGGCCUCCGUGGCUAUUUAUGUCGCUGAGAAGUUUUCCUCCAUACCAGGCUUGGGAGGCAGCCCCGGGAGCGAAAAGCGCUCGGGUUCCUUUAAGGGCCCGCGGGAACGCGGUCGGCCUUGGGUUGCGCAGGCGGCGGCGCGCACGUUAGCGUCAGCCCCCCGCGCAUGCGCACGGAGGGCGGCCUGCUCGUCGUCGCCGCGGCCGCUAAGGAACCCAGUAGUGGCACGAGCGCCCGCCCGGCUCGCCCGGCCCGCGCUUCACCUCCCGGCCUCCGUUCCCUUCGGUCCAACGCACCUCGGCCCCGCCCCAGCCCACCGGAUUCUUUCCAGCUCGACCCCGGCUGCCGGAUUCCCCCGCCGCCAUGAUGAUGAUGGCGUUGAGCAAGACCUUCGGGCAGAAGCCUGUCAAGUUCCAGCUGGAGGACGACGGCGAGUUCUACAUGAUCGGCUCCGAGGUGGGAAACUACCUCCGUAUGUUCCGAGGUUCUCUGUACAAGAGAUACCCCUCACUCUGGAGGCGACUAGCCACUGUGGAAGAGAGGAAGAAAAUAGUUGCAUCGUCACAUGGUAAAAAAACAAAACCUAACACUAAGGAUCACGGGUACACCACCCUCGCCACCAGUGUGACGCUGCUGAAAGCCUCAGAGGUGGAAGAGAUUCUGGAUGGCAACGAUGAGAAAUACAAGGCUGUGUCCAUCAGCACAGAGCCCCCCACCUACCUCAGGGAACAGAAGGCCAAGAGAAACAGCCAGUGGGUACCCACCCUACCCAACAGUUCCCACCAUCUAGACGCUGUGCCAUGUUCCACCACCAUCAACAGGAACCGCAUGGGUCGGGACAAGAAGCGAACCUUCCCCUUGUGCUUUGAUGACCAUGAUCCAGCCGUGAUCCAUGAGAAUGCAUCACAGCCUGAGGUGCUGGUACCCAUCAGGUUGGACAUGGAGAUAGAUGGGCAGAAGCUGCGGGAUGCCUUUACCUGGAACAUGAAUGAGAAGCUGAUGACCCCUGAGAUGUUUUCAGAAAUCCUUUGUGACGACCUGGAUUUGAAUCCGCUGACUUUCGUGCCAGCUAUUGCCUCUGCCAUUAGACAGCAGAUUGAGUCCUACCCCACAGACAGCAUCCUGGAGGACCAGUCUGACCAGCGCGUCAUCAUCAAGCUGAACAUCCAUGUGGGCAACAUCUCCCUGGUAGACCAGUUUGAAUGGGACAUGUCAGAGAAGGAAAACUCCCCCGAGAAGUUCGCCCUGAAGCUGUGCUCAGAGCUGGGUCUGGGUGGGGAGUUUGUCACCACCAUCGCAUACAGCAUCCGGGGACAGCUGAGCUGGCACCAGAAGACCUACGCCUUCAGUGAGAACCCACUUCCCACAGUUGAGAUUGCCAUCCGAAAUACCGGAGACGCUGAUCAGUGGUGCCCCCUGCUGGAGACCCUGACCGAUGCCGAGAUGGAGAAGAAGAUCCGGGACCAAGACCGGAACACAAGGCGAAUGAGGCGUCUCGCCAACACUGCCCCAGCCUGGUGAUGAAGCCAUCCAUGCUCAACUUCCACGGAGCAUCUCAAAAGACUGCCUUUCCUUCCUCUGUGGUAAAGAGAGAGGCAAAGGGACAGCUGGUGCCAUCCUGAGGAAUGGGGUAGGGUCUCCCGGGUGCCUUCCUUCAGCACACAUUCCAUUUGCUAAGCUCCAGCACUGUCCCCCAAAGUCUAACGUCAGGAAGCAGCCUCAUUUGGGUUGGUUUUGUUUUUGUAUAGGAGCCCUAGACAGAGCUAGCAACACUUUUUAAAUAAAAGUAACCAGUUGAGCUUC